AUGUCUCUGCCAUCUUCGAAGGGCUCCAAGGGCGCGACUCAGGCCGAAGUGGUUCUACAACCACAGCUCAAGAGCUGUCUCGUCAAUUUACCAUCGUCGCUGGUCUCGGUACUGGUCAACGCCAACACAGUAGCUCAAAAUGUAGUCGUCGAGCUCAGCUUUCGUCAGCCAGCACCGCCCUCUGACAAACCGAACCCCUCAUCAUCGCAACCACGCUCGAUAUACCUAGGAUGGACGGGCAUGCAGAGCCAGACCAGGUUGACCCCCAUAGUUUCGAGGAACGGCAUACAAGGGACAAGAGGAAGUGCUGCCAGACAAGAUCAAGACGUCGCUACUGUCGAGCUAGAUUCCACUCUGGCAAGAGUCUUGGGCAUAGCCAAUGGCCUAAAGGUUGCCGUCAACCUCCACAUCGAUCCUCCGCAAGCCCAUACCGUCAACAUUGAGCCGCUCACUCCGACCGACUGGGAUAUUAUUGAGCUGCAUGCCCGCUUCCUCGAGACCAACUUUCUGUCGCAAGUUCGUGCUCUGCCGAAUCCUGCCUUCUCCGGUGCCACGUCUCAACGCCAUCCUUUGACUCUGCACCUUACACCCACUUCUACCGCGAACAUCCUGGUCACAUCGCUCAGUCCUGCUCCACCAUCGACUCAAGCCUUUGUCAAAAUCUCGCCGGAUGCUGAAGUCAUUGUUGCGCCCAAGACUCGCCAGCCUCGAAGCUCCGAUCGCUCGAGUCGAAGUGUCGCCAGCACAAGCAGGAAGAGCGUCGGNGGAAGAAGCAAUGCCAGCACUGUACGACACCCGGCUACUCGUGAUGAGCUACCUACACGUCCGCCACUCUUCCUCAGAGGUGUCGAUCGUACCAUAGCUGCUGAAUACUUCGACGAAGAGGACCCUGACGAUGCCGACAAGGGACUUCGCAUCUGGCUAGACAGCGAUCACUUGCUGUCCAAAAGUCUGAAAGGCCUGACUUGGGUUUCGGUCUCGGUCGUCAGACCUGCAAGCUUGGAAGAGCCUGUCAAUCCACAAAAACAGGCCCUAGAUUCCGAAAAAGCGGCUUCCAAGAUAGUCGCACGACUGUGCCCCUGGAAUGAUGCUCCGGACAGCCAGCAUGCUGCUUUGUCUUCGUUGUUGUGCGCAGCCAUGGGUUCUGCAGGACUAGUUGGAGGCAUAGUCAGGAUCGAAGCUGCUCCUCCACAGCUACCCAAAACAACUUCGGCCAUGAAGAAAGAGUUCAAAGAGAAAGAGUCUGUGGUUAGAAACUUACGAGUCUUUCCUUUCGGCACUGCUCAGUCGAAUGUCCUCAAGUUUGGUGGUGAAUCUACUGCUGAGAAAGAGGCAGCCGUGAGAAAGUUGAAGGCUAUCUUUGGCGAUAGUCAAGAUGGGUCUGGUCUUCUCGAAGGUCCUUUGACAGAUGGAAUGCUUCUGCCAGCAGAGACUGAUAAGAGUAAGGAUCAUGCCUGGCCAGGUGGUAUUCUACGAUUCGACCCGUCGCCGAACAGCACAGAAGAGCAUCCCGCGAAGAAGCCUGCAGACUGGCUGGUGGGUGCUGAGCGCAAACUAACGAUAGAGGUCCAGCCGGAGAUUGCGAAGCCUUCGGACUUGACACGGGGAACCCCUGGUCAGGAUAUCCCAGAUUCACCACCAGAGAUGGUCGGCAUCGACACUCUGACGGCGGAGCUUCAGAGUCACCUUUCACACUCGUCAUCUAUAUUGCUGACGGGAGGGUUGGGUUCAGGAAAGACGUCUCUUGCACAUCUUCUUGCCAACAGACUCCGGAAAGAGCAUCUGUAUCACGUCACUUACUUUUCCUGUCGGACGCUGGUCACGGACGAGACACGUGUGUCUACCAUCAAAGAAACACUGCAAAGAAUCUUUGGUGCUGGAGCGUGGGGCGCCAGACUCGGCGGUCGCGCUUUAGUCGUACUAGACGAUAUUGACAAGCUAUGCCCCGCGGAGACAGAACUCCAAGUCGGCAACGACAAUGGCCGUAGCAGGCAGGUCAGUGAGCUUCUAUGUUCUAUCGCAAGACAGUAUUGCUCUCGAGAUACUGGCGUUGUAUUAUUGGCCACUGCGCAAGCGAAAGAGUCGGUCAACAAUGUUGUCAUCGGAGGACACGUUGUUCGUGAUAUCCUGACGCUGAAGGCACCAAACAAGGACGGCAGACGUAAGGUUCUCGAGCUUCUGGUACGCCAAAAAGACGUUGAGCAACCCAAACACUCAAGAUCACGUAGCGAUGGUGCCGCUUGGAUGGGUGGUUCAGAGGCAGGAGAUCAAGUGAAUGGUGCAAAGGGCUUUGAGGUAGAUCCUUCGAUUGACUUCCUGGAUGUUGCUGGACAGACUGAUGGCUAUAUGCCUGGAGAUCUCACGUCUCUUGUCUCGAGAGCACAGAACGAAGCCCUGAUUCGAAGUGUCUCCGAAGAUCCAGACAAUGCACGAGUCUCGUUGACUAGGGAGGACUUUACGUCCGCGCUCAAAGGGUUUACCCCAGCCUCUCUUCGCGGUGUCACUCUACAAACAUCUACUACGACUUGGUCAUCGAUUGGUGGUCUACAAGAGACCAGACAGACUCUGAUGGAAACUUUGCAGUACCCGACAACAUAUGCGCCCAUUUUUGCACAAUGUCCACUGCGUCUUCGGUCCGGUUUGUUGCUAUAUGGCUACCCAGGAUGCGGAAAGACAUUGCUUGCAUCUGCUGUAGCGGGAGAGUGCGGUCUCAACUUCAUCUCAGUCAAGGGACCUGAGAUUCUCAACAAGUACAUUGGUGCUUCUGAGAAGAGCGUUCGCGAUCUUUUCGACAGAGCAGAAGCUGCCCGCCCUUGCGUACUCUUCUUCGACGAGUUUGACAGUAUUGCACCAAAGAGAGGUCACGACAGCACAGGCGUUACUGAUCGUGUUGUCAACCAGCUGCUCACGCAGAUGGACGGUGCAGAAGGUCUUUCAGGUGUCUAUGUCCUCGCUGCUACCAGUCGACCUGACCUCAUCGAUCCUGCUCUUCUCCGUCCUGGUCGUUUGGACAAGAGUCUGCUGUGCGAUAUGCCCAAUAUCGACGAUCGUCUCGACAUCCUCCGCGCCGUGACCGGCAACCUUAAAAUCGAGCCCAGCAUUCUCGAUCCCUCCGACCAAGAUCAAAGUCUACAAGAGAUAGCUCGACAGACACAAGGAUACUCGGGUGCAGACUUGCAAGCAGUCAUGUACAAUGCGCAUUUGGAAGCCAUCCACGACGUCUUAGGCCCUACUGAAGAACUCGGCAACGGCAGCAACGACAAAUCCUCAUCUUCACGCUCAAAGUCCAAAUACAAAGACUUUGCCUACUUCCGCUACGGCGAUGAGCGUCUAGGAAAAGACCACUCUUCUAAUCCCACACCGCAAUCUCUGGCCGAGCGAGCCACCAUCGCCACAAAACUAGCCAACAUGGAAACAGCACGCAAGCGCUCUAAAGCCUCCGCUUCUUCCCAAGCAGACACGAAUACCAAUGGCGUCAAAGAAGAAACCGAGGGAACACAGGAGCCGGUGAUUUCAUGGAGACAUGUGGUCAAAAGUCUAGAGCAGACUCGUCCUUCCAUCUCCAAGGCUGAUCAGAGGAGACUGAGCACGAUAUACAGAGAGUUUGUCGUGGGCAGGAACGGUGAGAUGGCGGAUGGAGAGGCUGGUACGGAGAUUGGAGGACGCUCGACGCUGAUGUAG